CGAGCGACGGCCGCGGAGCCAAACUCCCGGAACGACGCGGCGCUGGGGACAGCGGCGGGAGUGGCCAAAAGAGGACAGGAAAUAGGAAACAUCCAAACUGGAUUUCUAAGUCACUCCAAGGCAGUGAUGGAUCAGAAGUCGCAGAAUGCAAUCCAUGAUAAAAGUCAUCAAAAAAUUGGGUUCAAAUAGAGGAAAGAAAAUUGGUCUACCAUCUUACAACUCUGCUUUAGAAAAAAUAUUUAUGAUAGGAGGUUACAGUUGGGAAAAUUAUUUGACUCUUAGUGCACCUGAAUGAAAGACAUUGUCAUUUUGCUUCUCAGAAAGACUUGUAUGUCUGUAAUUACUUUAAUACUCAGUGAUGUUUUACAAAAUCUUGACAUGAUUGGCUGGGAGGAGGGACAGAGCAAUCACUAAAACCUGAGUUGGUCAAGAUGACUUCUGAAGAAAUGGCAGCUUCUGUUACUCCUGCGACUCAGAGAAAAGUAGUAUCUGCUCUGUCAACAGCAGAGGAAAAUAAGGAAAAGGCCUCCGGCAUUGGCGUUCCAAAGGUGCGUACCAUGAGGCAGAGCAGGCAGUUGCCUCAUUCCAUCUCACAACUGAACACAUUUAAAGAAGACUGCUCUGGGAGCCACUUGCCCAAGGUUAUCUCAGUAGCAAGGGAGAAAAUAGUGAGCGAUGAGAACAGUAAUGAAAAGUGCUGGGAGCAGAGCGUGCCGGAGUCAGUGAACAACCUUAACAUUAGCUGCAGCAGCUUGCUGAGAAACCAUCAGCAUGGCCUGCCCAUGAGCCAGUUUUAUGAAACGUGUGACUCUGUCACUGAGCAAGACUUGUGUUUGGAAACUGGAAUUCCUUCUCCACUGGAAAGAAAGGUGUUUCCUGGAAUUCAACUGGAAAUAGCUGGACCUCCCAUGGACAUUAGUCCUUUAGGAAAUCAUCCAGCAGUUAUGGAGACUGAUGGAUCACACCCUGGCAGCAACGUGGCGCUGUUGCAUUUUCAUUAUGAGGUUGACAGAAGAACAUCAGACACUUUCUGUACCAUGGUAGAAAACUUAACCUUGGAUGAUUGUGGAAACUGUGUACCACGGCCUCCUGUUGAGGGGGAGCAGAAGAAAAAUUACAUGGCAUAUGCUUCUCAACUGGCGGACUUGGCCCAAAGCUGUGAUAAUCAGAAUGGGCAGCUGCCAUGUGGUCAUUGUGACUCCUUGAAUGAUAAAUACUUGUGCUUUGAAGGCACUUGCCAGAAGGUUGAUGGGGUAUGUUCAAGUGAUAGCUUUGGCAAGGAGGAUUUUACUGCCAGUCCGCCUGCCAAGACCUUUUUGAGCCAAUUUGAGCACUUCCCUGAUAAUUGUGAAGAGGUAGAAGAUUUUUUUAAAAGCAAAAAGGAACGUUCCACUUUGUUGGUCAGGAGAUUUUGUAAAAAUGACAGGGAAGUUAAGAAAUCUGUAUAUACUGGGACAAGAGCAAUUGUGAGAACUCUGCCUUCUGGCCACAUUGGGAGAGUCGCUUGGAGUUAUGUUGAUCAGAAAAGAAAUGGUCUCUUAGUUCCUCGUGGGAGAGUGACAGAACCUCUUUCUUCGGAGAUGAGGCAAGGUGGGAGCCACCGUUUGUCAGAAGCCCCAUGGUAUCUGAUCUACAAUGCAGUGAGAAGAGAAGAAACAGAAAAUCCAGUUGGAUCCCUUCUCCGUUUCUUCACAAAGCUCCCAGCCUCAGAGACUGCGCAUGGGAGGGUUAGCCUAGGUCCCUGCCUGAAGCAGUGCGUCCGAGACACUGUGUGUGAGUAUCGUGCCACCCUGCAAAGGACUUCCAUCUCUCAGUACGUCACCGGUUCUCUCCUGGAAGCAACCACGUCUUUAGGAACAAGAAGUGGUCUUCUCAGUACUUUUGGAGGUUCCGCUGGACGAAUGAUGCUGAAAGAACGCCAACCAGGCACCUCUAUGGCCAGUUCCAAUGCCCUCCCUUCAAGUUCAGCUGGGAUCAGCAAGGAACUGAUCGAUCUACAGCCCCUCAUCCAGUUCCCAGAGGAAGUGGCCAGCAUCCUAACGGAGCAGGAGCAGAAUAUCUACCGAAAGGUCUUGCCUGUUGACUACCUUUGCUUCUUAACCAGGGACUUGGGCACACCAGAAUGCCAGAGGUCCCUGCCCUGUCUCAAAGCAUCCAUCUCAGCAUCGAUUCUUACCUCUCAGAAUGGAGAACGCAAUGCCCUGGAAGACCUUGUGAUGAGAUUUAAUGAGGUGAGCUCCUGGGUGACGUGGCUGAUCCUCACAGCAGGCUCCAUGGAGGAGAAGCGGGAAGUCUUCUCUUACCUGGUGCACGUGGCCAAGUGCUGCUGGAACAUGGGCAACUACAACGCUGUCAUGGAGUUCCUGGCUGGCCUCAGGUCGAGAAAAGUUUUGAAAAUGUGGCAGUUCAUGGAGCAGUCCGACAUGGAGACCAUGAGGAGCCUAAAGGACGCCAUGGCCCUGCACGAGUCCUCGCGGGAGUACCAGAAGGCGGUGACGCGAGCUCUGCAUAUCCCCGGCUGCAGGGUGGUGCCCUUCUGCGGCGUGUUCCUGAAGGAGCUCUGUGAGGUCCUCGACGGAGCUUCUGGCCUCAUGAAGCUUUGCCCACGCUACAAUUCCCAGGAGGAGACUUUAGAGUUUGUAGCCGACUACAGUGGACAAGAUAAUUUCUUACAACGUGUGGGACAGAAUGGCUUAAAGAAUUCGGAGAAGGAGUCUACGGUCAACAGCAUCUUCCAGGUCAUCAGAAGCUGCAGUCGGAGUCUGGAGACAGAAGAGGAGGACAGCCCCAGUGAAGGCGGUGGCUCCAGGAAAAAUUCUUUGAAGGACAAAGCCAGGUGGCAGUUUAUAAUUGGAGAUUUGCUGGAUUCAGAAAAUGAUAUCUUUGAGCAGCUCAAGGACUGUGACUCGCACGGAUCUGAGGAGUCGCAGAAGGCCUUUGAUCACGGGACAGAGCUCAUCCCAUGGUAUGUGCUGUCCAUCCAAGCUGAUGUGCACCAGUUCCUGCUGCAGGGGGCCACGGUCAUCCACUACGACCAAGACACACACCUCUCUGCCCGCUGCUUCCUCCAGCUUCAGCCUGACAAUAGCACCUUGACCUGGAUAAAGCCCACCACGGCCUCCCCAGCCAGCACUAAAGCAAAACUUGGUAUGCUCAGUAACACAACCGAGCCUGGCAAAUUCGCGCUACUGGGCAGUGCUGGAUUAAAUGGCCUGGCGGAGGGGGUCUUGGAUCUGUUUUCGGUGAAGGCUGUGUACAUGGGACACCCUGGCAUUGAUAUACACACUGUGUGUGUUCAGAACAAACUGAGUAGCAUGUUUCUGUCUGAGACUGGUGUGACACUGCUCUAUGGGCUUCAGACCACAGACAAUAGAUUAUUGCACUUUGUGGCACCAAAGCACACAGCUAAAAUGCUCUUCAGUGGAUUGUUGGAACUCACUAAAGCUGUGAGAAAGAUGAGGAAGUUCCCCGACCAAAGACAGCAGUGGCUGCGGAAACAGUAUGUCAGCCUCUACCAGCAGGUGGUUCUUUUACAGGAGGAUGGGCGAUUUGAAGGCCCAACAUUGGCUCAUGCUGUGGAGUUGUUUGGUGGCAGGCGAUGGAGUACUCGAAACCCCAGCCCUGGGACAUCAGCAAAGAAUGCCGAGAAGCCUAAUGUACAGAGAAACAACACCCUGGGCAUAAGCACCACCAAGAAGAAGAAGAAAAUGCUCAUGAGGGGUGAGAGUGGAGAUGCAACAGAUGAUGAAAUGGUGACCCGAAAGGGCAAGAUGUACAAAGAGUGUCGAAGCCGCAGUGGUUCGGAUCCUCAAGACAUUAAUGAACAAGAGGAACCAGAGGCAAAUGCCAUCUCCAGUCCUCCCAACCCCCUCCCUUCCAGGAGAGCCCACUCUUUGACCACGGCUGCGUCCCCCAACUUGGCUGCCGGGACGUCGUCUCCCAUCAGGCCAGUGUCCUCCCCUGUGCUGUCUUCUUCAAACAAGAGCCCGUCCAGUGCUUGGAGCAGCAGCAGCUGGCAUGGGCGGAUCAAAGGAGGAAUGAAGGGAUUUCAGAGCUUCAUGGUUUCAGACAGUAACAUGAGUUUUGUGGAAUUUGUUGAGCUGUUCAAAUCGUUCAGUGUAAGGAGCCGCAAAGACCUGAAGGAUCUCUUCGAUGUGUACGCGGUGCCCUGCAACCGAUCUGGCUCCGAGUCGGCCCCGCUCUACACCAACCUGACCAUCGAGGAAAACACUAGCGACCUGCAGCCAGACCUAGAUUUGUUGACCAGAAAUGUCUCGGAUUUGGGAUUGUUCAUUAAGAGUAAGCAGCAGCUGUCAGACAACCAGAGGCAGAUCUCCGACGCCAUUGCUGCUGCGAGUAUCGUGACAAAUGGCACUGGGAUCGAGAGUACGUCCCUGGGCAUAUUUGGGGUUGGAAUUCUCCAGCUCAACGACUUCCUGGUGAACUGCCAAGGAGAACACUGCACGUACGAUGAGAUCCUCAGCAUCAUCCAGAAGUUCGAGCCUAGCAUCAGUAUGUGUCACCAAGGGCUAAUGUCAUUUGAAGGCUUUGCAAGGUUUCUGAUGGAUAAAGAGAAUUUUGCCUCGAAAAACGAUGAGUCACAGGAGAACAUUAAAGAAUUGCAGCUACCCCUGUCCUACUAUUACAUUGAGUCUUCACACAAUACCUACCUCACAGGCCAUCAGCUCAAAGGGGAGUCCUCAGUAGAACUCUACAGCCAGGUCCUCUUGCAAGGCUGCAGGAGUGUAGAGUUGGACUGCUGGGAUGGAGAUGAUGGGAUGCCCAUCAUUUAUCAUGGACAUACACUGACAACCAAGAUCCCCUUCAAGGAAGUAGUUGAAGCCAUUGAUCGAAAUGCUUUCAUCACCUCUGACCUGCCGAUCAUCAUAUCAAUUGAGAACCACUGCUCAUUGCCUCAGCAACGAAAAAUGGCCGAGAUUUUCAAGACGGUGUUUGGGGAAAAGCUGGUGGCUAAAUUCUUGUUUGAGACUGACUUCUCAGAUGAUCCGAUGCUUCCUUCACCUGACCAGCUGAGGAGGAAAGUGCUUCUUAAAAACAAGAAGCUCAAGGCCCAUCAGACACCAGUGGAUAUCUUAAAGCAAAAGGCUCAUCAGUUAGCUUCCAUGCAAGCACAGGCUUAUAAUGGGGGGAAUGGCAACCCCCCACCUGCCAAUAAUGAAGAAGAAGAAGAUGAAGAGGAUGAAUAUGACUAUGACUAUGAAUCCCUUUCAGACGACAACAUUCUGGAAGACAGACCUGAAAACAAGUCCUGUAAUGACAAGCUUCAGUUCGAGUACAGUGAAGAAAUCCCCAAAAGGAUAAAGAAAGCAGAUAACUCAGCUUGCAGCAAAGGAAAGGUAUAUGACAUGGAACUGGGAGAGGAAUUUUAUCUUCCUCAAAAUAAAAAAGAAAGCAGACAGAUUGCACCAGAGCUUUCUGACCUCGUCAUCUAUUGCCAAGCCGUGAAAUUUCCAGGGCUGUCAACUCUAAAUGCAUCUGGCUCUAGCAGAGGAAAAGAAAGGAAAAGCAGGAAGUCCAUUUUUGGCAACAAUCCGGGCAGAAUGAGCCCAGGGGAGACAGCAUCGUUUAACAAAACAUCUGGAAAAAGUUUCUGUGAAGGCAUUCGCCAGAACUGGGAGGAGACGUCCUCCGCUCUGAACCCCGCCACGUCGCUCAGCGCUCUCAUUCGAACUCCCCGAUGCUACCACAUCUCGUCACUGAAUGAAAAUGCCGCCAAACGGCUGUGCCGCAGAUAUUCGCAGAAGCUGAUCCAGCACACCGCCUGUCAGCUGCUCAGGACCUACCCGGCCGCCACCCGCAUCGACUCCUCCAACCCCAACCCCCUCAUGUUCUGGCUCCAUGGGAUACAGCUCGUGGCCCUCAACUACCAGACAGACGAUCUCCCUUUGCAUUUAAAUGCUGCGAUGUUUGAGGCAAAUGGCGGCUGUGGUUAUGUUUUGAAACCCCCAGUUCUGUGGGACAAGAGCUGUCCCAUGUACCAGAAGUUUUCUCCACUGGAAAGGGAUCUGGACAACAUGGAGCCUGCCGUCUACUCUUUAACUAUUGUCUCUGGUCAAAACGUGUGCCCCAGUAACAGCACAGGAAGCCCGUGCAUUGAAGUGGACGUCCUGGGCAUGCCCCUGGACGGCUGCCAUUUCCGCACGAAGCCCAUCCACCGAAACACCCUGAACCCCAUGUGGAACGAACAGUUUCUGUUCCGGGUUCACUUCGAAGACCUUGUGUUUCUUCGUUUCGCAGUUGUGGAAAACAACAGUUCGGCAGUAACCGCCCAGAGAAUCAUUCCACUCAAGGCUUUAAAAAGAGGAUAUCGACAUCUUCAGCUGCGAAACCUCCACAAUGAAGUCUUGGAAAUCUCCAGUUUAUUCAUAAACAGCAGAAGGAUGGAAGAAAAUCCCUCAGGCAGUGCCAUGCCAGCCGCUUUGAUGUUUAACACAGAAGAAAGAAAAUGUUUGCAGACUCACAGAGUCACGGUACAUGGGGUCCCAGGCCCAGAGCCCUUUGUGGUUUUUACUAUAAAUGGAGGCACCAAGGCAAAACAGCUUCUCCAGCAAAUUCUGAAAACUGACCAUGACACCAAACCUGUUGCCACAGACUAUUUUUUGAUGGAAGAGAAGUAUUUUAUAUCUAAGGAAAAGAAUGAGUGCAGGAAGCAGCCGUUCCAGAGAGCCAUUGGCCCAGAAGAAGAGAUCCUGCAGAUCCUGAGCAGCUGGUUCCCAGAAGAAGGCUAUGUGGGCAGGAUCGUCUUCAAAACUCAGCAGGAAAGCCCAGAAGAGAAAACCAUUGUUCAAGAUGACAGAGAGGUGAUCUUGAGCUCAGAGGAAGAGAGCUUCUUUGUCCAGGUGCAUGACGUUUCCCCAGAGCAGCCGCGGACAGUCAUCAAGGCCCCCCGUGUCAGCACUGCACAGGACGUCAUUCAGCAGACCUUGUGCAAAGCCAAAUAUUCCUACAGCAUCCUGAGCAAUCCCAACCCAAGUGACUAUGUGCUUUUGGAAGAGGUGGUAAAAGACACUGGCACCAAGAAGUCUUCUACCCCAAAGCCCUCUCAGCGAGUCCUUUUGGAUCAGGAGUGUGUGUUUCAAGCCCAAAGCAAGUGGAAAGGUGCGGGAAAAUUCAUCCUUAAGCUAAAGGAACAGGUGCAGGCAUCCCGAGAAGAUAAAAGAAAAGGCAUUUCUUUUGCCAGUGAACUCAAAAAGUUCACCAAGUCAACUAAACAGCCUCGAGGACUCACAUCACCUUCUCAGCUCUUGGCCUCAGAAAACAUCCAAAACAAGGAAGAGAAACCCGUUUGUGGCUUGUCCCCUGGAGACACAAUGGAUUAUCGGCAGUGACCAAGGGCAGCAUGUUUUACCCAGGUGAAGCUCUCCCAGCAAGAAGUUAAAGAACAAACAUGGCAGAAAAAAAUAUAAUUUCCCUAUUUUUGUUACACUUAAAACUGGAAAUAAUUUCAGAACUGAAACUGUCACACAUGAUGUAAGGUCCAUGUUGAGGACAAGCAAAAUGGCACAAACUGGUAACUACCAGCUAAUGUACUGACCAAUGAAGGAAGGAAGCCCAAGGAAUUGCCAUUUUAUAAAUGUAAGCAGCUGGAAAACCCAUCAUAAGCUUGCAAUAACUGAAUUAGAACAAGGGUCAGCAAAACUGUAUCUGUAAAGGGCCAGAUGUGCGAUAUUUUAGAGUUGGAAACCAAAUGGUUUCUGUUCCAACUACUCACCUCUACCACUGUAACACAAAAGCAGCUGUAGACAGUACAUACAGGAAGGAACAUUGUUAGAUUCUGGUAACACAUAAAUUUACUGAUGGACUCUGAAAUUGGAAUUUGGUAUGAAUUUCACAUAUCUUCUUAUAAUUUUUUUCAACCACUUAAAAAUGUACAAGCUAUUCUUAGUUCAAAGGCCACACAAAAGCUGUUGGCAGGCUGGAUGUGGCCCAAGGGCCAUAGUUUUCCAACCUGAGAACUGAGGACAAAGAGCCAGUGUUAGCCAGUAUUAUGGCUGAGAAUUGGAAGCUUUCGGGCAUUGCAAAUGUAAAUAUGUCCUAUAACAUAGGAUUCAUUAAAAUUAAGUCAAUGCAGUUCCUAUAUUGUGUACAAUAGUGCACUCUUCUUUAGGAUUUUUUACAUACAGAAAAGACAUGAGUUUUUUAAAAACGGUUAUUGCUUAUAUAUAUUCACAGAUUACUGCCUUCCUGUUUUUCACAAAAUGAAUUUAAAAUGAUGUGUAAUUUAUAUUCUACUGAGUUGUGAUAUCUUAACAAGGAACCUAACCAUUUUUUAAAAGCAAAAAUAGAUUUGAGUUGGUGUUUAAGGUAAACUUAUUUAUUUUGCAAAGUUUGUACUGACACUGUACUUAUAUAUUUAUUAGACAUAACUUCCUUGAUAUUCAGUGGGUUAGAAGUGUUACUUUUCUAUUUCACUAUUUGAAGACAACCCUCCUAAAAUGAAAAUAUAUGCUAUGAAUAUCUGAAAUGGGCUUGAGUUUCAUGUAAAAGAGCUUCAUUUCUGCUUAAGAGCUAUCCAUCCAAGCAAUACUUGCCAUUUAAUGUAAAUUAUUUUUAAGACCUUGCUGUACAAAACUAUCAGUUAAAUGUAAAGUAUUCUUCUUGGUAUGAAACAAAUUACAACUUUUAAAAGUGAAAUAUAUUUUCCUCUAAAGUAAAUCCCAAACUAUCUUUAAAUUGCUAUUAAAUUUUAAGGUAUUUUUCUUUGAAUUAUGAAGUACACUAAAAUCCUUACUUUUGCUUUCAGAAAUUUUUAAGAAUUCUAAAAAUGAAUAAAGUAGUCCUCAUAUUUCUUGCAUAUCCCAAAAAUUGCAGUGGUAAAAUACAUCACACAGCUUUCAUGUCAUUUAAAGAUCUUAGUAAGUCAAAGCCUUAACACUAGAACCACCACCACCAUUUUCUUGUCACCAGAAUUCAGACUAUAACAGUUUGAUACAGUGCUACUAUAAGUUUCCUUUUAAAUGAAAUAGUCUGUAACAAAUGCACAGUGCUGCAGCAUUCAAAAAAGUAUUCCAGGAACACUUUCAAGCUUCUAUCAUAGAUGAAAUGGUUUGCCUUACCAUGUGUUGGAAACCGGAUUACUACUCUAGAGGCAACAAGAAAACUGCAGAUAAGGAAAUGAAAAGGAAGACUGUUCUCUCUGGGUUCUUCAUUUGGCUUUAACUCUUUCUAAUCCACCUACCUCACCCCCAUAAGCUUUAAUGUAGUUGGUUUGGCUACAGCACAAAUCUGAAUCCUACCCUGAGACUGAAUGGGAGACUAGGUUGUUUUGCAAGAGAGUGAACCCAGACUACUGCCUAUAUUGCAUCCUAAUCUGGUAGUUCAUCACAUUUUGAGGUAAACGCAUAUACUCUAUUUGAGUCUGGGUUUUUAAUUAGAGGGUCUACUUUACAUUACAACUGACCAGCACAACCUAGAGUCUGUCAAAAAUAUGAACAUUUUUUUUUUUUUAUUUUUCACAGGCAGAGUGGACAGAGAGAGAGAGAAAGGUCUUCCUUUGCCGUUGGUUCACCCCUCCAAUGGCCACCGCGGCUGGUGCGCUGCGGCCGGCGCACCGCGCUGUUCCGAUGGCAGGAGCCAGGUGCUUCUCCUGGUCUCCCAUGGGGUGCAGGGCCCAAGCACUUGGGCCAUCCUCCACUGCACUCCCGGGCCAUAGCAGAGAGCUGGCCUGAAAGAGGGGCAACCGGGACAGAAUCCGGUGCCCCGACCGGGACUAGAACCCGGUGUGCCGGCGCCGCAAGGCGGAGGAUUAGCCUGUUGAGCCACGGCACCGGCCUAAAAAUAUGAACAUUUCUUUAGAGCCUAUCUAAAUUACAAAGCCAUUAUCAGUAUACCAAAUCAAAGAAAUUAUCCAUUUAUUUAUUAUGCAUCUAAAACAGCCACCAGGAUUGUAUCAACUACCACUUCAUACUUUUAACCUGAAAUGAAAAGAAUAAACAUCCAAGUUUGGUUUAUUAUAGUACUUAAUAAGCUUCACUAGGAGUGAAAAGAAAGGAGAAUUAAAGUAUGAAUUCUAUCAGUCUACCCACUUUACAAUGUGUGACAUGGAGAAAUAAUACAGUUUAACUUCCUCUCAGUCACUUGCUCAUCUAGAAUUGGUUGUUUUGCAGGAUGAUGUAAGAUUACCAGAGUGUUGUGCUACAAAGUUAGGAUUAGCUGGGAUAAACUAUAGCAAAAAACAAUAUUAUCUGAGCAGAAAGUGCUGUCCUUGUUUCAUGUGUUACUUACAGUCCUCCAGCUGGGAAUAAAUACAGAGUGUAGACUCAGCAAAGGUGGAGGAUCAAGUGCCUUGUUUUUAACCAAACUUGGCUUUUGAAAAGUCCUUCUAUCUCAGUGGCUCUGGAGACACUGAGGCUCAUUAAUCUAAGUAUGUCCCCAAGGAUGUUGUAGAGUUUCCUUUUUAACUCAAUCUUCCUAUCAAGAUCCUAAAUCCUCCCUAUCAGUAUCUCUGUACAUCUCUCCACUCUACCCACAGGCUUUCCUUAAUUCUGCAAAGUAAUUGGGGGUGCUUUCUGAUCCACUAAAACUAAGUAAACUCAAACACAAAGCUCUUACAGAUGUGCUUCCAUGCUAAUAAACAAGACUAGGAUUUUCCUCACUACUGUUUUUGAUCUCAGACUUGACAGAGUGAAAGGCAUCCUACACGGCAAGUGCUCUCAGAUGGCAGUCUGUGAUCCCUUUUCAUUUGCUUCUCUCACAUCAGCAGUGAGUCCAGAAAAAGAACAUACCUGUUCCCCCAAAAAGGUAUCAGAAAAGGAAGACUACCUGUUCCACAGAGUUCAGAUUUGGGUCAACACAUUUUCUUGAUCCACUGUUAACGAUGUAUGUGUUCUCUGCCAUAUCUAUGUAUAAAUUUCCUAUAAGCAAUUCUUGGCUGGUGGCUAAGAACUUUGACAUAAGAAUACCUGAAAUGAGUAUCUUUGAAAUACAUGUCUUAGAUUCAAAGUAGACUAUGCUGAAGCCUGUCACCAAGCAUUCUCUGAAAUCAUCCCUAUUUCACAUGACGUAAGUAUCUGAACUUUGAAACAAUCCCUAAUACUGAUUAGAUAAUACUGCUUUUUUAAGUGCUGUGUGAAUGAUUUGACUCAGCAUAAAUCAUGAAAGACUAAAGCUGUCUUAUGCCCAUUACUACCCCAAUUCACUUUUAAGUGCAUAGCAUAGUGCUAAGUUCAUGGUAAAUGCUCAAUAUUAGGUUAAAACACAAAAAA